AUGGUGGAGCCGAUCGCCUUCUUCUCCGUGUUCCCCUUCAUCGCGCAAAUGGUGCAGCGCAACGGAAACCUGGCCGACUCGGACGUGGGCUUCUACAGCGGCCUCAUCGAGUCCCUCUUUUCCGCGGCGCAGGCAGUCGUCUUCAUCUUCUGGGGCCGCCUUGCCGACAGGCUGGGCCGCAAGCCGGUCCUCAUCUGCAGCCUGUGCGGCAUGGCCGUCGGCCCGGCUUUGUUUGGUGUGGCCACCAGCAUCGGGCAAAUGGUCGUCUUUAGGUGCUUGGCCGGCGCCUUCUCCGGCUGCGGCCUCAUCAUUCGCACCAUGAUCGGAGACCUCUGCACCGAGGACAGCCAGGCCCUCGCCUUCACCUGGUUCGCCUUUGCGGGCAACGUGGGCAUCUUUCUUGGCCCGCUCAUUGGGGGAGCCCUGGCCAAUCCGGUGGAGCAGUAUCCCGGGCUGUUUGCUGGCAACCGCUUCUUCCAAACCUACCCGUACGCGUUGCCGGGCCUGGUUGUGGGUUUCGUCUGCGCCACUGCCGCGUCGACCUCGAUGCUCUUCCUGGAAGAAACCCUCGACAGAGCUGGCGCGGCUCAUCCGCCGGGCACGGACAAUGGCGCUUCGCCCGAGAGGGGCCCGCUUGAGGCUCCUCCCAACAACAGCAUGACCCUGUGGCAGCUUGUCAAAGCACCCGGCGUCGCGGCCGUGCUGUGGGUCUACGGCCACGUCAUGGUUCUCGCCUUCGCCUUCACGGCCAUAAUACCAGUAGCCCUCUUCACCCCGGCUGAUAUCGGGGGUCUUGGUUGCUCGGCAGCCGAGAUAUCCGUCUACAUGGCGACCCAGGGUGCCAGCCAAGCCAUGUGGUUGCUGCUUGCCUUCCCGUAUCUGCACCGUCGGUUGGGUACCAACGGCGUGCUACGCCUGUGUGCAAUCGCGUACCCGUUCUUCUUCGCAGGCUACGUUGUCAUGAACGCGCUGCUUCGCCAUGGCUCCGAAGCCGCCACGGCCUGGUUUUGGGUAGUCGGCUGCGUCGUGGUCUUCAUCGGUCCUGGUGUUUCCAUGGUAUUCACCGGUGUCCAGCUAGCCUUGAACAGCGCUUCACCAACACCGCACUUGCUGGGCACUUUAAACGCCGUCGCUUUGACCUAUUCCAGCGUCAUUCGCUCCAUUGUUCCAGCUGUGGCCACCGCCGUCUAUGCCGUCGGAGUACGUCGCCAGAUCCUGUGGGGCCACCUGGCCUGGAUCAUCCUCAUAUUUAUAUCCAUGACCCUCCCACGCUGCUUGAAGUGGCUGCGAAACUGA